AUGUCAACAGAGAACACAGCCCCAGCAGCCAAGCUCGGAGCGUCCAGCGAAGAUGCCUACCGGGCCAGGUCGAUACAGGACUUGAUGUCUCUGAAAGGCAGGGUCACCGUCGUGACUGGGGGAGCACGGGGCAUUGGAUUAGCUCUGGCCAGAGGUGCUGCCGAGCUAGGAAGCGAUGUCGCCGUUCUCGAUAUCCUCGAAAAGCCAUCUGACGCUUUUCUCGAUUUCGAGAAGGAACUAGGCGUGACGGCCAAAUACUAUCGAGCAAGCGUCACAGACCCGGACGGCCUGACUCGAAGCUUCGAAGCUGUGGCGAAGGACUUCGGUCGGAUAGACAACUGCGUCACCGCGGCUGGCAUUGUCCAUGAUAAACCAUUCCUUGACACAACCUGGGAUGAAGGGGCCAGGAUCCUACAAGUCAAUGUGAUGGGCACCAUGCUCAGCGCGCAAUUGGCUGCCAAACAAAUGCGAGCCCAGAACACUGGCGGGAGCAUCGUGAUGAUAGCAUCGGUUUCUGCUGUAUCUGCCCUGCCAACCCAGAGACUCAACAUAUACGCCGCCUCCAAAGGUGCCGUCAAGUCCCUUUGCGUCCAGCUGGCAGUGGAGCUUGCCCCUCUGGGAAUCCGAGUAAACACGGUAUCCCCUGGCUUCAUCGCCACGGAGAUGACCAAAGGGCUGGCCAUCACAAGGCCUGAAUUGCUGACGGUCUUCAAAUCUGCACCGCCAAUGGGGAGAAUAGGUGAUCGAGCCGAUCUCAAGGGCGUCGUCGGAUAUCUUCUUAGCGAUGCCGCAGCGUACACGACCGGCACCGAUGUCCUUGUUACCGGCGGCGUGCAUGCCGGUCAGCUGUAG